GGCGGCAGCCGGAGCGGCGGGGACGGGCCUGGCGCCGGCGGCGGCGGAGGGGGCGCCGCGGGCGGGCGAUGUGAGCGCGGCGCUCUCGGCAGAUUACGCUUCAUGUCAGUAGAAAUGGACAGCAGCAGUUUUAUUCAGUUUGAUGUGCCCGAGUACAGCAGCACUGUUCUGAGCCAGCUAAACGAACUCCGCCUGCAAGGGAAACUAUGUGACAUCAUUGUCCACAUUCAGGGUCAGCCAUUCCGAGCCCACAAAGCAGUCCUAGCUGCCAGCUCCCCCUAUUUCCGGGACCAUUCAGCAUUAAGUACCAUGAGUGGCUUGUCAAUAUCCGUGAUUAAAAAUCCCAAUGUGUUUGAACAGUUGCUUUCAUUUUGUUACACUGGAAGAAUGUCCUUGCAGCUGAAGGAUGUUGUCAGCUUUCUGACGGCAGCCAGCUUUCUUCAGAUGCAGUGUGUCAUUGACAAGUGCACGCAGAUCCUGGAGAGCAUCCAUUCAAAGAUCAGCGUUGGAGAUGUCGACUCCGUGACUGUCGGCACCGAGGAGACAACAGAGAGUCGGAAUGGAGUUAAGGAUAGUAGCUUCUUUGCCAAUCCCGUCGAGAUCUCCCCUCCGUAUUGCUCUCAGGUUCGGCAGCCCACCACGAGCAGCGAUCUUCGGAUGGAGACGACGCCCAACAAAGCUUUGCGCAGCCGCUUACAGGAGGAAGGGCACUCAGACCGAGGGAGCAGUGGGAGCGUUUCCGAGUACGAGAUCCAGAUAGAGGGGGACCAUGAGCAGGGGGACCUGCUGGUGAGGGAGAGCCAGAUCACUGAGGUGAAGGUGAAGAUGGAGAAGUCCGACCGGCCCAGCUGUUCCGACAGCUCCUCCCUGGGGGACGACGGGUACCACACGGAGAUGGUGGACGGGGAGCAGGUUGUGGCCGUGAACGUGGGGUCCUAUGGCUCUGUGCUCCAGCACGCCUAUUCCUAUUCCCAAGCCGCCUCGCAGCCCCCCAGCGUCUCCGAAGCUUUUGGAAGUUUGAGUAAUUCCAGCCCGUCCAGAUCCAUGCUGAGCUGUUUUCGAGGAGGGCGUGCUCGCCAAAAGCGAGCUUUGUCCGUCCACCUGCACAGCGAUCUGCAGGGCUUGGUGCAGGGUUCUGAUAGCGAAGCAAUGAUGAAUAACCCCGGGUAUGAGAGCAGCCCCCGGGAGAGGAGUGCAAGAGGGCACUGGUACCCGUACAAUGAGAGGCUGAUCUGUAUUUACUGCGGGAAGUCCUUCAACCAGAAAGGAAGCCUGGACAGGCACAUGCGGCUCCACAUGGGAAUCACCCCCUUUGUGUGCAAGUUCUGCGGGAAGAAGUACACACGCAAGGACCAACUGGAGUACCACAUCCGGGGCCACACCGACGACAAACCAUUCCGCUGUGAGAUCUGCGGCAAGUGCUUUCCAUUCCAAGGUACCCUCAACCAGCACCUGCGGAAAAACCACCCCGGCGUCGCCGAAGUCAGGAGUCGCAUUGAGUCCCCCGAGAGAACAGAUGUGUAUGUGGAACAGAAACUAGAAAAUGACGCAUCGGCCUCCGAGAUGGCCCUAGAUUCCCGGAUGGAAAUUCACACAGUGUCUGAUGCUCCUGAUUAAGAUGGUAACGAAGUGUGCCCAAACAAAGCACAUUAAUCAAUGCAUAUUUGUGAUUUGCUUUGUUGUAAUCUUUGGUUUUCCCAACCAUCUGGAAAUCUCUCGGUCUCUUGGCAGUUUUUCUAAGGUUUCUGGAAGGAACACUUCAUUGUGUUUAUCCUUUCCCCCGCCCUCCCUCUCCCAAGGAGCUCAAAGCAUGAAGGGCAGCGUAUCCAGGGAAAACACAGGCUGACAGUAUUCCUCUUUGGCUGAACUCUUAAUCCAAAAUCUGCCAGUGAUUUAGCUAUGCCAACUGGUUGACCCUACAUUCUCUGCCAAGAGGCAUGCUCUCUCGUUGUGUGCACUGGCACCGGUGCAUUUCCACGGGGAGAGACCAGGAUGCCGUCAGCUGAUACAAAUGGGUAACCUUUUCUAAUUUAAAAUUACUUUUAGGGGGUAGUUAGACAAUUUAUAUAUAUAUAUAUAAUAAAGCUAUUAUUAUAUAUAUAGUAUAUAUACAUUCUCAAAUUUGAUUUUAUUCUGGUUGAGGUGAAUGUAAGAGGAAUAUAUAAUUUAAUACAAUGUGAACAGGGCUUUUGACCCUGUCUCGUUCCCUACCCAAUGUUAGGGUUUUGCCCCUUUAUUUCCCUUACAAAAAGAAUGUUAAUAGGUUUUCAUAUAUAUUAAUCAUCAUGUCCAAAAGCAAGCAAAGCAAAUCACAGUGUUCAUAGCUCUGCUUCAUAACAAGUACAUAAACCAAAUGCCAUAAAAUGUAUUCAACUCUAGUUGGAAACCGUUUUGGAAUUUUUGUUCGUUGUCCAGUAGGUAAGCUGGAUGACCCCGUGGUGCUGACCUUUUUACAUAUUGUAGUGUUAUAUUAGCCAACCCCAAAGGAGCAGUGGUUUUCAAUGUUUUUACUGGCCUACGAAUCUACCUUCAUUCCGUACUGUAGAAACAUACAUACCAGGUAACUAAAUCGAAUCACUCUACCAUGAGUUACUACUCGCACUAAAGGAAAGGGAUUUGUAGUUCUGUCUACAAAAUUCUCCAAGCAGUGUUGUGGGUUGUUUCCUUCUUUCCUUUUUUUUUUUUUUCCUCUUUCUCUCUCUUUUUUCAAACAGCUAGUUCAGGUGCACAGCAACUUUUUCUACAUGCAGUUCCCAGGGAAACUGCAGAACUUGGAAUUUGUACUUUUUGUAAAGAUAUACUCUAUGGGAAUUGCAAGCAAUAUAUCUAUCUUAGUAUCGUGUGUGCUAACGAGAGCCUCAGUGGCUCCCCCACUCUCAGUGUUUCCUGCUUAAAGAAACCAACAGUCAAAAAGCCCUCUAAGAUACUCUGUGUGUCACCAAAUCUGUGUGUGUCACCAUUUUUUUGGUCACGUGGUGCUAUUUUAUGUUCUGUAUCUUUUAGGUCAGUAUAGUUGUAGAAAAUGUGAAAUCUAAUGGUAAUAGUGAAUUAUAGGUUUUGUUUUGUUUUUUGGUUUUUUUUUCUCUCUCGAGUUUAUAGCUUGAAAAGAGACCUCAAAAGCAUGUGCUGGCAAACACAUUACUGUAUGAAAACAUACCUGAGUCCUAUUUGAAUACUUGUUUUCUUGAAGCUUUAGGAAGUAUCUUGGGUUCUAUAUUUUGUUUACCCGUGUGCUUGUAGUGAACAAAACGGGCUUUACCAGAUGGCUUCGGUACUGUGUACUCCGACAGAGGAAUUCCGUCGGCAGGUGGAUGGGGCGUUUGGGCCGCGGGCUGCCCGUGGGGUGUCGGCGCCCCAGACUCUGCUGGAGGACCUUGGCUCUGAGACUCGCAGCCAGUGUGUCUCCACAGGAGAACAGCACAAACCACCUAAAAGAAACACAGACAUGAAAAAAGACCAACCUCAGAGUCUAGGAGUUAAAAGGAAUACAAAAAUAGACGUUUGCUGGUUUUCCAUGCUUUUUUGGCUCUUACAAUACCAAGAAGGGGUGGGGGGUGGUGCUGGGAGGGCCACGGGGUGUUUGGGGGAGGUUUUCAUUUUGUUUGACGUUCUAUUAUUUUGAGACAAGAAAAUCGUUGAGGCCCUUGUGUGUGACAACCCCCGGGGGGUGGUAGCCGUGCGGUAGCAUCUCUGUAGCACACGGGAGCCGUGUGUUCGCGUGUGAACUGCUGCACUCCACAUCAGUGUUACUACGGACAGAUUACACUCUAAUCCUGCUGCUCCCGACGAGCAGCUCUUGCUAAAUCGGGUAUAUAGUGUAUGCCUUUUCCUGUCAAACUGCCUAAGUAAGGGGUGCGUUCUCUCCCUGAAGCACUUGCUCAACUCCUGUCAAAGCCGCGUGCCUCAAGGGGAGGCUGGACCCCAAGUGUUUACCCACUUAAAUAUGUUCUGGGGUUUCAGGUAAAUGUCUGUGAUUUUUUUUUCCCCUUACCUGAGUAAGUUUGCUUUUGAUUUUUCUUUUUUAAGAAUUAAAUGCAAAAAAUUUGUGUGGUGAUACAAAUUAAGUUCGUGACAAGAAAUGCCCAAAUCAAGGACGUGAGAGGUCAGGCUCAGGGAAGGAACCUCCUUUUCACUCAGGCUUGGGGCCUUCUGAGAGGUCUCCAGAGCAUUCCGUGAUAGAUGAGACAAGUCAGGAGGGGAGAGCACUUGGGGCAGGUACCUCGAAUAGCCUGGUUCUUGUCACUGUGUCCGUCUUAACCUUUGUUUAAAUGGAGUUCUUUGUAUUUGUCAAUUUGUUUAACUGGUUUGAGUUUACCAAAGAGUGACUUAUCCAAAAUUGUCUUUGACAAAACUAUACAUUGCUUUGAUUGUACAGUUCAGGUUCAAACAUUGUAAUGGGACUGUUGAGGGGCAGAAAAAUUGAUUGAGUUUCUCUCUAAUAACCAUGAGUCCACAUUUUGCAAGUUCCACUUGCCUCCCAUUCAUGUUGCUAACACUUUACCCUUUCCACUGCUAGCAGUGUUAAGAAUGAAUUCUCAAGCCAUAACCCAGUACUGUAAGGUUCCACAGGGCUUCGAGGAGGCAGCGCGUAGGCCAGCGCAGAGCUGGGCAGCCUCUCUGGGCAAGCACGCCGUCGUGCUCCUCAGUGUGCGUGGCGGGUGAGAGGUUAACUCCAUUCAGAUCGGGCAGCAGUAAUGAAUUGUGCCUUGUCACAUGAGGAUUGUGCCAGGAGGAUGACCAUGGCCACAGAACAGAAACAUUCUCUCCCCGAAGGUCCCUUCACGUCUCCGCAGACGAAGUUCGCUGUGUAACUCCUUAGAGCAACUCUUUUUGGAAAGCAGAGUCCCUAUUUCUGUACAGUUUGAGGUUAGAUGUUUCAUUUAUAACAAGUGCAAAAGUCAACUAAGAUAGAAGUGAUAUGUGAAGAAAUCCUUUACAGCAAAACAUAUCCUGAGUUCAUAUAAGGUCUGUUCAUAAUUGAGUCUCUUCUUGAGCCACCUUGUCCAGUACGUAGACAAUGUGAAGACAGUGACGGGGUCCUUUCCUCUGGGUGUUCCACCUGUUACUACAAACUGUGAAAACAAAGAAUUUUAUACUUUUACUAACGUUUGUGGUUUUAAACAGUUCUUUUCAUUCUAAUCGGUUCUCUCCCCUCUAAUUUCUACUAAAGCUGUAAAUACAUUUAGAAAUUAUAUUUGUAAAUACAGCAUAUGAAGACAAGUUAAUUUUUUUGGUCAGUGGAAAGCCUCCCAGUUGGCUCUGCCUUGGCAGUUUUGUUUUUUUGUUUGUGUGUGUGUGUGUGUGUGUGUGUGUGCGCGCGCGCGCGCGUGCCUGCCCAUGCGUGCGUAGGUGUGUGUGCGCGUGCCUGGUGUUUAACAACAGAAAGGAUACUGUCGGUUCACUGUUAAGCAGAAUAUACUGUAGAACUAAAUUGAUGAUUUUCCAGCUUCCAGAGCAUGAGUAGAUGUCUUUUCUCAUGAUAGCAGUUAUAACCAAGUCUUUGUUUUUCCCUUAGCCCAGACCAUAGGCCUGCAUAUCUUUGUGUGUGGUUUUGUUUUUACUUUUGUUUUUCCAGCCUAGACUCUAGGAAGAACUUGCAGGAACACAAAACAAGGGCUGGGGGGGGGGGAGGUGGGGGGAGGGUGGGAAUCCUCCACGUGAAUGAGCUUUACUUUAAAGAAAUCAAUGUAUUUUAUUUUAACAACUUUUUCUAUUAGUUACUGUGAUUUUUGUUGUUGUCCUUGUUAUUGUUAAAUUCUGUAAUGGUUUCCUGUGAAGCCUCCACUGAAAGGGACUCAAAUAUGCAACACCUAAACUAUUUUCCAAGGGCACAUGCCCCUUGAAUGGUGCUUCUAGACUGGUCAGGGUUAUUUAUUAAAUUUUAUAUAUGAAAGUAUUGGGGAAUUAUGUAAAUUCUUUAUAUGAAACUAUCUAGUUCAUAAAUCAUAGAUUUCAUAUUACUCAGUGCAACUGAACUGAACGUUCAGGAGAGUCAUUCACAUUGUUCCAAAUUUGUAAUGGUUGUCACACGCCACAUAUGUCUUCUUCAGUAAGUGCCAGAGUGUCUCCACUGUUUCUGCCCGGUGCUCGACCUCUCGGCCCGGAAGAGGGCCUUGUUUUCCCCGGUUCCCCUCUGGGCCUGGCACACACAGGGCUCCCGUAGUUCUUGGUCAAUCCCGGAGUGAGCCCUGCUGCAGACGCAGUAACCAGACCUCUUGCUGCCCCUCAGUGACAAGUAUGCUGUGAAUUCAACCUUUGGACUUGCUGCCCAAGCCUUUGGUUGCUGCCCUGACUAUAGUAAGAGGUAAACGUACCUGGUUUCUUUGAGAAUGACCAUUUUCCUAAUGUGAAAACCAUCUCUCUCACCACUUUUAUUAGUAGGGCUAACACUUUUUUCCGUUAUAAAUGGUUGAGCAAUUUGAAUGACUUAACACAAUGUCAUUAUCUUGCAAUAUAAACUGGUAACCUCACAAGCCCACACUUCAUCACCAUAUGAAGUAAAUGAAGCUAGCUAAGCGGAUGCUGUAUCUACUAGUAACUUGCCAUUAAGGAUUAUUUUAUAGCAUGAAUUUAAGACUAUUUAUUCAAAUGAUAUUUUACUCUUGUAUUCAUUUUGUUUUAGAUUUGUGACAUGAAUAUUUCAGUGCUGCUUAAUUUUGUUCUGAAUUCUUGUUUCUUGCUUGUAAAUGGCUUUUUUAUGGUAUAAAGUCAAUGGAAAUUGCUGUUUGUAAAUAAAAAUGCUGCUAGAGCAAA